GAUUACGAAAGUUUGUUGAACUUUCUGCCGACGACGACGUAUGAAAACUCCGUUUGCUUCUGGCUGUUUUUCGGCUGUCGCUACCUGACCGUUGCGAAAAGCAUGAACACGGCCGAGGGAACCGAUACGGGUACAGGGUCAUCUCCAGAUCCAGAGGGAGAGGCGACAUCUCCAGAUGGGCGGGACCUAUCUGAGGCUGUGGCCGUGAUCGGCAGGCAGCUCAGCGAACCGGGUCGCUUCGCCUACGCUGGCUUGUGUGGGGUGUCCUUGGGCCAGCUGUUUUCGGGCCCUGAGCACAGGUGCUUUCGGGAGCAGUACCUGGAGGGGCUGGUGAGCUGGCUGCGCCUGGACGAGUCCGUGAUGCCGGUCAUGGGGGCGUUCCUGGCCGGGCUCGGGUACGAGGGGAGCGACACUUUCCUCUCCAUCCUGCAGGGGGAGCCGCUGCUGAGCUCCGGGUCUACGCCCAUCGUACAGGACCUGGUGUCCUUCUCUGUCAAAGACGGUCAGUACGACGCGCGCGCGCGGGUCCUGAUCCGCCAUGUCAGCUGCCUGCUCCGCGUGGCCCCCCAGCGGCUGGGGGAGUUCGAGGAGACGCUGGGAGAGGGGCUGAGAGAGGGAGGAGAGGAAAGCGAAGAGGAGUCGUCCCGCCGACGCAGGAAGGAAAGAGGCAGGAAGUUACGUCGCUACCUGCUGAUUGGUCUGGCCACCGUGGGUGGGGGCACCGUGAUUGUGCGUGUCUUUGUUGCAGCCGCGCAUUUUGUUCCCGCUCUUUUGCGUGCGCGGACGUGGAUGAGCGAGGCUCCUGUGUUCCCUCUCCCCCCUCUCCCCCCAGGAGUGACGGGGGGGCUGGCGGCUCCGCUGGUGGCGGCGGGCGCGGGGGCGGUCCUGGGAGCGGGCGGGGCGGCGGCCCUGGGUUCGGCAGCCGGCAUCGCCAUCAUGGCCUCCCUGUUUGGGGCGGCGGGGGCGGGGCUAGCCGGUUAUAAGAUGAACAAGCGGGUCGGGGCGAUCGAGGAGUUUGAGUUCCUUCCGCUGAGCUCGGGGAAACGACUCCACGUGACCAUAGCUGUGACGGGUUGGCUGUGCAGCGGCAAAUACAGCUCGUUCCAGUCCCCCUGGAGCAGCCUGGGCGUGUGCGGGGAGCAGUACUGCCUGGUCUGGGAGUCCCGGUUCCUGCGGGACCUGGGUUCCGCCCUGGCCUCGCUGGUGGACGGGCUGGUCAGCAUCGUGGCUCAGGAGGCGCUGAAGUACACCGUACUCUCAGGCAUUGUGACAGCGCUGAUGUGGCCCGCCUCCAUCCUGGCGGUGGCCAGUGUGAUUGACAACCCCUGGGGGGUGUGUCUGAGCCGCUCCGCGGAGGUGGGGAAGCACCUGGCCCAGGUGCUGAGGAGCCGGCAGCAGGGGAAGCGUCCUGUCAGCCUGAUUGGCUUCAGUCUUGGAGCGCGAGUGAUCUACUUCUGCCUGCAGGAGCUCGCCAACGACACAGGGAGUGAAGGUGUAGUGGAGGAUGCCAUCCUGCUGGGGGCGCCAGUCGAUGGGUCGGCCAAGCAGUGGGAAAGAAUGUGCAAGGUCGUCGCUGGAAAUAUUGUCAAUGGAUACUGCAGAGGUGAUUGGCUCCUGGGAUUCCUCUACCGCGGGUCAUCAGCCCAGCUGUGCGUUGCUGGACUUCAGCCAAUCAAUUUGGACGAUCGGCGCAUGGUCAACGUGGAUCUGUCCUCCGUGGUGAACGGCCAUCUCGAUUACAUGCGUCAGAUGGACACGAUCCUUGUGGCGGUGGGAGUGCCUACCCGGGAGAGGGCAGGAGUCCUGACCGUCCUGUCUCCACAGACUAAAGGGGAGGGGCCAGACACCGGGCAGGACCAAUCGGCGGAAGAGGGCGGAGUUUCCAGGGAUGAAAGGGCGGAGCCCGGAGACAGAGGAGGGGGAGUGGCUGAGGAGAAGCCGGUACGCGGGGGGGACGCGAGUGACGUCGUCCGUCCCGGGGAGGAGUUAAAACGGGGGGGUGGAGAGGAAGGAUUGAAAGAGGAGUGCGCGGACGGUUGGGACAUCCCGGACAUUUCCGAUCUGUUGGAUUCUCUGAACGAUGCGGACGUUCCGUCGCAGCACUGCCCUCUGGGUAGUUCCGUGGACGGGCCUGACCAGAACAUCUUCUCAAAAGACAAGGGCUUGACCCCGGAACCCCUGUGUGGGGCAGAGGGGGUGGAGGGAACAGACUGGGACUCUGAACACACGCACUGGGACUGGGACACAACGCACUGGACCACUGAGCACUCAGACUGUCGCACUGCAACUCGGCACCAGUCUCAGAACCAGCAACCCGGCUGCAGUUCCCCCUCGGGCCAGCAGGGAGCAGUAUCACCACAGCUGGUUAAGGAGGCGGACUGUGAAACUACACUCUCAAGCUCCCACCACAGCACGCUGUCAAAACAAAGCAUAGAAAGGAGGUCCAAGGACACAAAUAGUAACUUUUAUUAGAUAAAAAGGGGGUUGGCGUGUUUUAAAAAUAACAGUAAGGCUAAAAAGACUCUCCUGUUGUUACCAAGCAACCUAAUCCUCAUGAACUUAACUCGUGAAAUUAAACUGAAAUGAAAAGGAAAAGAAACUAAUCCUAUCAAUCUGUUGAUAACUCAAUUACUUCUAAAAUCAUGAAGAGAAAGUCCUAAAAAUAUUAUGGAAGUAUAGUAUUCUGAGAUACUGACGGCGGACACUAAUAUAAUUGUAUAUAUUAAUAUAAACGUAGAUGUCGACAGACGCUGAGAGCAAGCCACGCUCUACAGCCAAAGGUGAAGCUCUCGUGAUUUGGCUGUUCGUUGUUCUCUGGAUUUUUGGCCCUGUUUAUUUUUUUUUCUUUUUUACUUUCCAUCUUGACUGCGGUUUUUCUAUCUCUUUGUUCAUCUCAGUACCGACUGCAAAGAUGCGCCGUGAAAAUUAAAUUCAUUUCCUCUUGA